AUGGCCAGGCAAAUGCUCCGACCCACGUACUCCUUUGAAGCUGCCAAACAUCUUGGCUCUGGCAUGCUUCUUGCCAGCGCGCGCAUACCAUCUGCCGCUGUGCUCUUGCAUGUUGAACGCCUUCGACACCUCGCGAUUGUUGCCAGAGUUGCUCCUGCUGAGUUCUGGGCUGUCCUUCAUCACGGCGACAUUUGGUGUUCACAAGCGUGGGACUCUGUUCGCUGGCUGGCCAGCAGCCUCGCAUUAGCCGGCAAGCCACAGAGAGAGCUUGAUUCCUGGGAGACCUCCCUUGGGGUCAUUGAUGCUUCCCCUGGGACAUGGAAAAGUUGGAUCCGAAGGGCCCAACAAACGGCACUUCUGAAAGAGCUCUGGGAGGCUGAACAUAGGCACUUCUAUGGGUUACUUUUCCGUAGUCUGCUUGCCGCUGGCGCUACUGUUGAUGACGAGUUGGCAACCCGUAUGCCAAGCUUUGAAGUGUGUGCUGUUUGCCAGCAGGGAUUCAGGGAUCUCCGUUCCUGGAGCCACCACGCCUUCAAGCGACACGGGCGGGUCAGAGAGGCUAGGAAGGUCGCCCAGGGCACACAGUGUCAGGUCUGUCUUCGGCAUUUUGCCUCUAACUUCCGCCUCACAAACCAUUUAGAGCAUUCUGCAGCGUGCCUUGCCGCCCUUGUUCAGUCGCAGUGCUUUGUUGAGGCUGUGCCAGGUCGUGGGAGCAAACGAUUCCAGGAUGGCAAGGAUGUGCUCCUGCCUGCCGUCACAGCCCACGGCCCAGUUGCCCAAUGGGACGGCACUGGGUACAUCCCCGAGUCUGAGAGGCCAGAGUCCUCUAUCUUGCUUGCCCUUGAAGAGAUUUUCAGUUUCCCUGGGGAUGUCUGUGACUACGCUGGUCUUAUUGAAGCGCUUCGUAAGGCCUUUUCUGGCGUUUGUCUACAGAGCUCCCGACUUCGGGCUACCGCAUGUGCCUGGAGAAACGCUCUCACCGCAGAACUUGGAGGCAAUGAAGACAUUUCUAUUCAAUGGGCGGCCUGGCAUCGCAAGGCUGCUGAUUUCGUUUGCGCCGUCGAUUUCUCUGAAUGGCUUGUGCCUGAGGCUGUUCCUACCACUGACCAGCACGCAACCUACAGGGAUGGCAUUUUGCUUCUUCCGUGGUUGUCGUAUGACUCCCUUCACAUCCCGCCCUGCUCUUGUGAAUGCGACUUUGGCCUUCGCCUAAUUUCUGGUGAGCGCCGCUUUCUCGGUCGACAAUGUGUGCGCGGAGAGUGGAUAAGCCAUGAUUCAUGUUCUGCUCAGCCCUCGCGCUUGGACUUUGAAGGUUGGGCUAGUGCCGGACGGGGGACUGCGACAGUCCUCGACGUGAGCGGCCUGACAGGGUCGACUACUGCACCCUCGCUUGUCAGGAACUUUCGCACUCUCUUGCCUGGGCUCCAGAGAUUGCGAUUGUUUGCUGAUCUUGUCAGGGGCGCUUUGUUUCUCUGGACUCGUGGAGUUCCUGCAAUCAUUGUUGCCCCCCCUGUCGACUGCCCGGGGAUUGCCGCGCUCAAGCGCAUUGCUCAUGAUGUCUCCGUCAGUGGUGACGCUACCGUCAUGUCCAACUUCCCUGGCUUCACCUGUGACGGCUACAGCUACCUGGCCGAGCCGCAUUAUUUCUACCGGCCGAAGCCGAAGCAGGCGAAGAAGAAGAAGGCGAGCAAGGCCAAGAAGCAGGAGGACGACGACGAUGAGGACUUUGAGGAGCUGGAGCCUUUCCCCGGUCUGAAGGUAGUUCUGCCAACGGCACCUCGACGGCCAAUCACCUGCUACAAGGGCGAGAUGCAGCAUGCCUGGCACGACUACAUCACCGACCAUGAGGGAGAGCGGGAAGACGAACUCUCUGCCGAAGAUCUGCAACAAACGACCGAGCGAGUUCACAAGAUGCUGGAUGCGGAAGCCGCCUUGGUUGGGGCCAGGAACGUGUACUUGGGGGGUGCAUCCCAAGGCUGCGGUACGGCGCU